AUGGACGUCGCCUACGACCACAUCCAGGAGGAGACUUUCCCCGACGACGACCGCCGCGACAAGCCCGCUCAGCCCAGCGACAAGCCCGCCGAGCCCGCCAAAGACUUCAACACCGAGGUCCAAGACGCCUACAAGGCCAUCAGCAACAGCCCCUGGGCCGCUCGCAUCGGCGGCCUUUGGGGCACCGGCGAGACUUACUAUGAAACUGCCCGCCAGCAAUCGGGGCCUGCGCUCGAGCAGGCCGGCAAGGGCCUGACCGACCUCCGCACCACCGUCCUCUCGCACACGCGCAACAUCUCGGCCUCACUCCCCCAGAUCCCUGCCGACGACGCUGCCGCCGCCGCCGACACAAAGAAGACCAUCGUCACCGACAAGGACGGCAACACCAUCGAAGUCAAUGCCCCCGCCGCCCCGGAGAAGCCCGCGGCGGAGACGGGCGAGCGCGCCGAGUCGCUGCCGGCCGACAUUGUCAAGGAGGCCGAGGGCAUGCUUUCGCGGCUGCGCGGGCUGGGCGCCGAACGGCUGAAGGACAUCCAGAAGGCCGAGGAUGCCGCCGACGAGGCGCUGCUCCGCUUCGGCACCAACAUCCGCUCCUUCUUGCGCGAGGCCGUGACCAUCACCGGACCGGACGACGCCGACGCUCCGGCUGGCUCGUCUUCAUCCAAGGUGCUUUUCGAGAGCAAGGACGCCCAGGGCAAGCGUGUGAUCCACACCACCCGCUUCGAUGCCCAGCUGCACGCCAUCCAUUCUGCUCUCGAAAGUUUCCUGAAGGACCCGGAUAGCCCGGAGUGGGAGGGCUGGAUCGCGUCGUUUGACAUUGACAAGAAGACUGCGGAUAUUUCGAAGGACUUGGAGAAGUAUCCCGAGCUGCGGGUGUCCAUGGAGGCGUUGGUUCCGGAGAAGGUCGAGUACAAGCCUUUCUGGACGCGGUACUAUUUCCUCCGGCACGUCAUCGAGAGCGAGGAGCAGCGGAGGAGAGAGAUGCUCAAGGCAUCCGCCUCCGGCGCCGACGAAGAGGUCGGCUGGGACGAUGACUCGGAGGACGAGGCCGACCGCUCGUCGUCCAAGACCUCCACCCCCAACCCUCUCGCCACCUCGCAAGGCACCCUCAAGCCCACCGACCCCGCCGCCAAGGCCGUCUCUUCCGACAAGGACACCGCCUCGAGACUUCGCAACAGCGACGAGCGCUCCCAGGCCGACAGCGACGCCAGCUACGACCUCGUCAGCGGCGCCACCAGCAAGACGCCCGGCAGCCCCAAGGAGAAGAAGAACCCGGCGGCCGACGACAGCGACGAGGACUGGGAGUGA